GGAGAGAGGUAAAAGAUUGAAUCAGAAGGGAAACAUUUUUGCCACGUUACUCUCAGCCUGGCCUUAAUUUUCGACCAGCUCAGUUCAACUAUGAAACUAAAAACUGAUCUACUUAGGUAAUGAUCAAUCGACAUUCGAAUAAAAAUACCACGUGAAUCACAUCCAGACAAAUUUUAAAUAAUUUCAAAUAGCACGAAGCUGAAGCACGAGUGGAAAAAAUUCCUUACAAAAAAAUUACCAAAUUGACCGUUACAUAACCUCCAGAGUAAACACCACACAUCUCAUAGAUAUAUUCUUCAUUAGUUGCAUAAUUAAUUACUCACAAUAAACAAUUGAUACGAGUACGCUGCUGGCAAAUUAAUCACAAUCUAUGAUAAACUUGAACAAAUAAACGAUACAUUGCCAGUCAGUAGAGUGCAAAAUUUGUCCAAGUUUCGUGAAAUUCGCGAAUCGAGUCCGGAACAAACCAUCGUCAAAAUAGUCAAAAUGAAAACCAGAGAAACAUUUCAUCAAACUCUAGCUGUAAUGACAGUCGGUUUGAACGAGCUCGGUUUAGCAGUUGGAAACGGUUGGUUGGCUCCGGUGCUUAAAACCUUACAGGAUGCCAAAGGUGAUUUUUCCUUGACCACUGAACAAUGCUCAUGGAUCGCAUCGCUCGAACAUAUUGGUAAAAUAUUCGGAGCUACGAUAGCUGCCAUUUUACUAGAUAUAGUAGGACGUAAAUCUCUGCUGUCGAUAUGUGCGAUGACAUUUUUCUUAAUGUGGCUGGCGAUACUCUUCACGAAAUCGGUGUUCAUAAUUUACGUGGUACGUAUCGUGUUCGGCGUAGCUUGCGGUAUCAAUGACGGAACGAAUUCAGUAUAUUUGGGUGAAAAUAGCUCUCCUUUCAUUCGAGGGAUAUUCGGUACAGUCAGCAUAUCCAUAUACUUCCUAGGCUUAUUGAUCGAGCUAAUCAUAGCCACAUAUUUAUCGUACAAGACAACAGCUUUGGUCAACUUUUUCAUCGAAUUCGCCUCCUUUAUGUCGGUCUUCUGGAUGGUCGAACCGGUACAAUACCUGCUAAUGAAAGGCAAAUACGACCAAGCCGAGAAAAACUUCAUCUGGUUAAAAGGUGCCAGAGAUCCGAACGAGGUAAGUCACGAGUUCGAGAAAAUCAAACAAAACGCCUACGCCGAGAUUUCCAAGAAAUCCUCCUACGUCAAGAUCCUCACAUCUCCGGCGAAUUACAAAAGUCUGCUAAUGAUGUUAACUAUUUACUCAUUGGCUGGAAUGACAGGUUACCAUCCAGUUCAGUCAUUCGCUUCGAUGAUUUUCUCAUCGACUGAUAUCCUCACACCGAAUGAGUUCACUAUUUUGCUCGGCGUGGUUCAAUUUCUAGUCGUUGCUUCGACUUCAUUUGUUAUCGGUAAAUUCAACAGGAGAUCUAUAAUAUUAAUAUCUUUUUCGGUAAUUUCGAUCGCUCACGCUUUCACAGCCUUGCUAUUCGUUGUACAUAAUACGAUGGUGCGAAUACCCUCGUAUCCUUGGCUGAUUUUUCUCAGCAUUACAGUUUAUUUUAGUAUUUUUGCGUUCGCGUAUCCGGCUUUGUUUCUUAUUCGAAGCGAAUUGUUUCCAUUGAGCAUUAAAGGUAUCGGAGGUAGCGUGGCUAUCGUCGGGUAUUCGGCUAUGAGUUUCUUGAUGACUAAGAUAUUUUUAUUCGUCAGUCAGAAUUAUGGUAUUCAUUUCAAUUUUAUGAUAUUUUCGCUAAUUAGCGCAAUUCUGGUUUUAUUUGUUUAUCGCAUGUUGCCAGAAACCAGGAAUAAGUCUUUAAUAGAGAUCCAGGAGCUUUUAGAAAAAGAAAAUUAAUUUAGAGUUACUUCAUUUUUAAUUCGUAGGUUUAUUGUAUUCAAAUUAAUAAUAAAUUUUAUAUCAACAUCUA